AACCACACGUCAUAUCAUAAUUGGUGUCCAUUUUGUUAAUUAAUUUAUUUCAUUAAGUGAUUGGAAGUGAUUAAGUGAUUGACAAACACUGGAAGACAUGUUGACAUUCACUAUCUUGGAGAGGAUCCGCUUCUACGAAGUGCUCGCAAUGAACUCAUUUCAGACACACUUAUCACCGUUGGAACCGAUCUUUAUGUUUGCAUCCAAUUUAGCUGAUCCAUCGAAUGGAUACAUACUCUACUUUGUCUUCGGCCUCCUAUUUAUCUCGCAUUCGGCGGGCUUUAAGAUAUUGUGGACAUCAGUGCUGAGCGAGUGGUUGAAUCUGAUGCUG